GACAUUUGUUAUGUGUAUUUGUUCACCAAACGUCACAAUCUUCAACUUCCGAAUUUCCCUUCCCUACCUUUUAAUAUAUAAAAUCCAUAUGAAAUUACAAUCGUAUUCGUGAUUCUGCUUAUUUGAAUGGUGUAAUUUUUUAUUUUUUUAUUAUUAGUCAUGCCGUCAAAAGAACUGUUGGAACUUCAAAUUAAAGAACAAGGAGAUAUCGUACGAAAAUUGAAAGCUGCCAAGGAAACGAAAGAGAGGAUAGCAGAGGAAGUUGCAAAACUUUUAGAGUUGAAAGUACAGCUUGGAAAUGUCGAGGAUGGAAAUAACAUACCGGGUAAUCAAAAAUUCACCCUCAAAACUCCGAAAGGAACAAGAGAUUUUGCCCCGGAGCAAAUGGCUCUGCGAUUGAAUGUCUUAGACAAAAUCGUAUCAGUUUUCAAAAAACACGGAGCUGAAACCAUCGACACACCAGUUUUUGAAUUGAAGGAAGUGUUAACUGGGAAAUAUGGUGAAGAUUCCAAACUCAUUUAUGACCUUAAGGACCAAGGAGGUGAAAUACUUUCUCUUCGUUAUGACCUCACAGUACCGUUUGCUAGAUACUUGGCAAUGAACAAAAUAACAAACAUCAAACGUUACCACAUAGCAAAAGUUUAUAGACGCGAUAAUCCUUCCAUAUCCAAAGGGCGUUACCGGGAGUUUUAUCAAUGUGACUUUGAUAUUGCCGGUGCGUACGACCCGAUGAUCCCAGACGCGGAAUGCGUGAAAAUAGUGUACGAAAUCCUCACCAAACUCGAGAUGACGCCGUUCGUGAUCAAACUGAACCACCGCAAGCUUCUGGACGGCAUGUUCGAGGCCUGCGGCGUGCCGCAAGACAGCUUCAGGGCCAUUUGCUCGGCCGUCGACAAGCUGGACAAGUCGCCAUGGGAGGAAGUGAAAAGAGAGAUGGUGUCGGAAAAAGGUCUCUCAGAAGAGUCAGCAGACAGGAUAGGAGAGUACGUGCGAUUGAACGGCAAGAGCGAGUUGGUUGAGAAACUGUUGAAGGACGAGAAUCUGUCGAAGAACAAGACGGCGGUAGAAGGGCUGGAAGCUAUGCAGCUCUUGUUGAGGUACUGCGAGAUUUACGGAACUGGGGAUAGGGUUUCGUUCGAUUUGAGUUUGGCUAGAGGGCUGGAUUACUAUACUGGAGUUAUCUAUGAAGCUGUACUACAAUCAGAUGAAUCACAAGAUGACGUUUCGGUGGGAUCAGUGGCUGGAGGAGGGCGAUACGACAAUUUGGUGGGAAUGUUCGAAUCCAAACACAAACAAGUACCUUGUGUGGGCGUGUCUAUAGGCGUGGAAAGGUUAUUCGCAGUCAUGGAGGCCCGACAGGCUGCCUUGCAGGUUAAACAGAGGACCACGGAAGUUGAGGUCUAUGUGGCCACUGCACAGAAAAACCUUUUGGAGGAGCGAAUGAAACUUUGCAAUGAAUUGUGGGAAGUGGGUUUGAAGGUGGAGCAUUCCUACAAGAAAAAUCCCAAACUUCUAGUGCAACUGCAGCACUGUGAAGAAAAUAGUAUCCCUUUGGCUGUUAUACUAGGUGAAUCUGAGCUGAAAAAUGGUGUUGUGAAAUUGAGGGUAGUAUCAACUCGAGAAGAGAUAGAAGUAGCAAGAGCCUCUUUAGCUGAUGAAAUCAGAAAGCAGCUUGCACCACUAAGCUCCGAGGUGGAUAAGGCUACACAAGCAAAAUAUGCAAAAAAUCAAGAAACUAUAUUUGACAAAAUCAUUUCCAAAAAGAUUCCUGCGGACAUUAUAUUCGAGGAUAAUCAGUGUCUUGCAUUCAAUGAUGUUAAUCCACAGGCCCCAACGCAUUUUCUUGUGAUUCCAAAGAAACAAAUUCCUAGAUUAGAUGAUGCUACUGAUAAUGAUAAACAGGUGCUUGCCCAUGUACUUUUGACUGCCAAAACUCUUGCCCAGGAACGUUUACCCAAUGGAUAUCGGCUAGUCAUCAAUAAUGGUCCAGAUGGCUGUCAAUCUGUCUACCACUUACAUAUUCACAUUUUGGGUGGAAGACAAAUGGGUUGGCCUCCAGGAUAAUUUCCUACACUGUCAUGUGAGAUAUUCUAUUUUUAAGGGUUAACAAACAAGAUGUGUAUUUUGAUAUUCAAAACAAAAUCUUAGAUUGUUCCUAUUGAAACAUAACAUAUUUUCUAAAGGAAGUAUUUCCAAGAAGUUU